CUAGCACGUAUUCUAGAUCCAGAGUCAUCAUUUCAAUUGCAACUUGCAAGGAAAAUGACAAAAAUGGAGGGUCUGGUGAAAUGCUCUGCAAAUUGUGUUCCCCUCUCUCCUAUAAGCUUCUUAGAGCGAGCAGCUUUUGUUUAUGGUGACAAGGCCUCCAUUAUAUAUGGAAACACAAGGUAUUCGUGGAGGGAGACUCAUGGGAGAUGUCUCCUGCUCGCAUCAGCUCUGUCUCAAAUGGGUCUUAACCGCGGAGACGUUGCAUGUGACAACGAAGUCGAAAUUCCCUGUUUUUGGUUGUGUGGAAAGGUUGCAGCUUUGGCCCCAAAUAUCCCUGCGCUUUACGAGUUGUUCUUCGGAGUUCCAAUGGCAGGGGCAGUCCUUUCUGCCCUUAACACAAGGCUUGAUGCACCCAUGUUAGCAUUGUUAUUACAACAAUUGGAGGCCAAAAUAAUUUGUGUUGACUCUCAAUAUGUCCAAAUUUUCCUCAAAGCUUUAGAGCUGAUCUCCGCCGCAAAAGCCAAAUCACCGUUUCUUGUUGUCAUCCGAGACAGCAAUCAAGGGGCAUUUUCAACCACACAAGAAGUUCCACCAUGUAGUCUGGAUUACGAUAGGCUUCUUGAAAUGGGAAAACAUGACUUUGAGAUCGUAAGCCCAAUAGACGAAUGUGAUCCAAUCACGGUUAAUUACACUUCUGGUUCAACUGGGACACCUAAAGGUGCAGUGUACAGCCACAGAGCCACCUAUCUCAAUUCGAUUGCUCAAAUUUUUCGGUUUGAAAUGAGCGCAAAGACGGUAUUUUUGUGGACCGUGGACAUGUUCCGUUGCAGCGGGUGGUGCUUCACUUGGGCAAUGGCGGCUUUGGGCGGGACAAAUAUAUGCCUUAGAAAUGUCACAGCUAAAGUCAUCUUUGACUCAAUAUUUAUCCACAAGGUGACACAUUUAUGUGGUGCACCCACCAUCUUGAACAUCAUUGCAGAAGCCUCGUUCGCCGGUCACCGGCCACUUGCCACAAAGGUGGAUUUAGUGAUUGCCGGAGUAUUGCCACCUCUUGAAAUUUUGAACAAUGUUCAUAAAUUGGGAUUCAAUGUUUAUCAUGCAUAUGGAAUGACAGAAGCCCUCGGCCUUGUGACCGUAAGAUCUUUGGAUUUUGAUCAAUAUGAUCGUGCCAGCAUAAAAGAUCGCAACGGGGUUCACAAUGUGGUAAUGGAAGGGGUUGAUGUAAAAGACCUGGCGACGAUGAGAAGCGUGCCGGCUGAUGGGAAAACCAUUGGUGAGGUGAUGUUGAGGAGCAAUACCAUGAUGUUGGGUUACCUUAAAAACGUACAAGGAACUCAAGCUGCAUUCAAAAACGGGUGGUACGGUACAAGAGACCUUGGAGUCCGUGACCCCGAUGGUCACAUACGAAUCAAAGACCGGGCAGCAAACGCUAUUUUCAAUUGUGGAGGCAAUGCUAUAAGCACACUUGAAAUUGAGGCUGUGUUGGCUAGUCAUCCGGCGGUUGAGGCGACAGCUGUUGUUGGAAGGCCAGAUAAGCGGUUAGGAGAGAGCCCCUGUGCUUUUGUCAAAUUGAAGGAGGGGCGUACGACAAGUAGCCAAGAUAUUAUUGAAUUUUGUGGGGUUAGAUUACCAAAUUAUAUGGUGCCUGAGAGUGUCAUUUUUGGGGAUUUGCCAGAAAAUUCCACUGGAAAAAUACUGAAAUUUGUACUCAAAGAGAAGGCCAAAGACUUGGGUAGUCUUUGUCACUCAAAUGGGCAUUUGGUUGUGUGAAAAAAGUUAGUGUUAUCCAUUGAUUGGAUGGUGAACGGGUUGACACAUACUCUACUGGGCAUAAUGUGAAUUAAGUUUACGCGUCCUGACAGGAGGCGCGAGGGGAGGGAUUUCUCCCUCUUGUGGGUAUUUUUUCUCUCCCAAUCCUAGAUCUGCGACCUUUCCUCUCUUUCCUCUAGCUAUCAUUCCCCGUCCUCCUCCUCCUCCUCAAACCCUCCAUCCGGCCUAUCCUCCACAACGUCCGCUUCGGGUUGGGCCAGAUCUGGGGAUGAGAUGAUGCAAGGGUGACUAGGUCUUCUAGUGAAUAAGUUGCUCGAUCCUAGGGGACAUUGACGGUGGACAAAGGUUUUAUUUCUCUGGUUUUCUUUUCAUUCUUCUUUUCUUUAGCGAUGGUUCUUUGUAAUCUCUCUUGUGAAGCAUUUCCUCCAUUUGCGAGUGUUUUUCGAUGGUGGACUGACAUGUUAUUUCCGUGUGUGUAAGCUUAAUUUUGUCAGACGUGUUGGUAAUGGUGUGAUUCACUGCUUGACUUGUAAAGGAUUUGGUGGAUAGAUGUUUAUUAUACUUGGAUGGCCAUCGAUUUUCCUA